GGUUGCUACAACCGUCGCGGACUUGCCAGCUUUUAAACAAGUUGCUAACUAGCUCAAUUGUAGCGCUAAUUUAAAGCGACUUUCUGCGGAUAAAGGUGCGCGUGGGUUUCUGAAGCAUGGCUCUCCCAUCCUACAACCACAGAGACCCAAACGGAAUGUACACUUUCUCAAGUCGACCCAGACCCGUUGAGGUCCGCUCCAAAUAUAGACCUAGAGAACCAUCGCAAGAACAGACCCAAAGGGAGUAUGGGAAUAUUAAGUAUGAUCGACGGGUCGUCAGAGGAAAUACCGUCAACCAGUCCCUCAUUCCAAGAACUGAUCAAUCAGAUCCUGCUACAAAUGAAAGACAGCAAGCUUUCAGGAGGAGAGCUAUUGCUCGAAGACAGGAAAGGGAUUACUUAAGAACCAAGACUCCUGAAGCUUUGCUGAGUAGACAACAUGUUGAUGUGCAGACAGAUCUUUACCUUGAAGAACUGAGCAAUGUUAUUUCAGCAACAGACAUUGAAUGUCAGACUGAUAAGUUCAUGGAUAAACCGGCAACUCCACUUUUUAUUCCUGCAAAAACCGGGGUAGAUGCUGAAACACAGAUAGAGGAAGGAGAAUUGUUUGACUUUGACCUGGAGGUGCAGCCUGUCUUGGAGGUCCUGGUGGGGAAGACGAUUGAACAGUCUCUUCUGGAAGCGAUGGAGGAGGAGGAGCUGGCCUGCCUGAGGAACCAGCAGAGGAUCUUCCAAGAGCUCCGAAACAAUGAGCUGGCAGAGAUGCAGCGUCUGCAGGAGCAGGAGAGACGCCGCCAAGAGGAGAAAGAGCGUAGAAUUGCCCAACAGAAGGAGGUGCUGAAGAAGGAGCAGGAGACUGUAGAGAAGAUCGCUGCCCAAGCGUUUAGUCAGCAGUACUUGGCUGGGCUCCUCCCUUCAGUUUUCACCUCUCUGAGAAACCAGGGAUAUUUUUAUGACCCUGUGGAAAAAGAUGUUGAGGUUAAUUUCCUCCCAUGGCUCAUGUCUGAGGUCAACAACCAAUUGAAGAAGAGAGACACUGCAAGACAGAUACUGGACAACAUGAUCUAUAAACUAACUCUGGAGAGAAUGGAUGAGUUCAAGCAACUGGAACCCCAACAAGACAGCUCUGACCCAUGAAAAUACCUGCUGAUCAACAAAUGUCCCGAAUCAGAGAUAAACGUCUUAAUAUAAAUGCAGUUCAAAAUAACCAGUUUCUUUCUUUCUUUAUUACACAAUUCCCUGUGAAUUAAAAUGAAUACCUGCAAACAGUGUAUGAUAAGCUCAGGGGACUUUUAUCGUUCUUGGAACAAAAAAUAAAAGAAAAGAACAUAAAUGAUUUUAAAAUUUUAAGUGCCUAAAUAACCUUGCCCCAUUUUACCUCUGGGCUUCUUCACCUCUACUUGCCUCUUUUGUCGCUUAGGUCAGCAGAACAGCAGCUCCUGCUCCUAUUAGGGUUUAGGCGGAAGCUCAGAGGAGCCAGAACCCUCUCUAUCGCUAUGGAAUAGCCUCCCACUGCUAAUUAGGGGGACUCCUUCCCGGAUAAAAUUUUAAAACAGUGCUUAAGUCUUACUUAUUUUCGCUGGCUAUAAGAAUGGCAGGAUUUAGUUGUGACUUGUUUAUUUAUCUUAAACAAAUUCUUAUUAUUGUUCUAUUUUAUAUUUUUAUGCUGUAUUUUAUUCUUUUAUUUUGUUUUAUUAUUUUUAGGUACGUUCAACACUUUGUUUUCAGUUGUAGCUGUUUUGAAGCACUAUACAAAUAAAGAUGAUGAUAGAUAAAUAGCU